GAAGCUCUCUCUUCGACUUCGACUUCGACUUCUCAUUCACCUUCACUUUCACCUUCACCUUCUCCCACAGCUCCAACUCCGAAGCUCCCCUUCAGCUUUUCGCCUUCUUCUUCCCAUUUCGCGCAGUUGCGCAACGCAUACUUAGCACCGCCGCACGGUGCACAAUUCCGGCACUGCCAGGUUUACCUCCCUCUUCCACGCGCACCCUCCCUCAGCGACCUAGCUCCUAAGCAGCCACACCAGCGUGCGAUUAAGCCUCCCACGGCCUCCCCACUCCCCAAACCAGCUGUGGCAGCCUCGAAAAAUUGCUCACUUACUGAUGCAUUGAAGAUUUGGAAAAUGUUUGGCAUCUAAAUGUAUUUUGAGAUUCUCUGCCUGUCGUUGCUGCUGCCCCGAUUGUUCUCUAGUGCAAGAAAAUUCUGUUCGUCUCUGUCACUACCACCAUCGUCCAAUUCAAUAAAAGGACCAAGCAUUUAACAAACAAAAAACAUCUAAAUUUAAACCAUUUUAUUGCAGCAAUGUGUCAAAUGUCUAGCAGAGGUAGUGAUCUUAAAUCUCAAAUCAUCUCUCUCGGCCACGUGUAGGCAUAAAACAGCAACAGGCACAUGUAUGGUGUGUCCCCAGUCCUCUGUCGUCCUUCCAAGUUCUCCCCCUUCUGGAGCUAUGGCACCUUCUUCAAACUCCAAUAUCAAGGUCAGCUCUCUCUCUGUUUUUUUUUUAGAUUUUUCAGAAAAACUCUGUAGAUUUUCUUCCUUCUGUUUUUAUUUUUAUUUUUAUGUUUCAUUUUUUGUUGAGACUCCUCCCAUUUGCUCUUUCCUGAGAAAGUGAUUUUUUUUUUCAGCCAAUUGCACUUUCUUCCCUCUCCCUUCAGUCCACUCUUUAUUUCUGAGACAACAAGGAGAUUCUAAAGAACCAUGGCUUUAAUCAAAUUGAAGAUUCGGUUAUGGGUCUCACCUCACCUCCUUUUUUCUCUCUCUAGGUGUGACUGUAAACUCUACUCUUCAUCAUCAUCUUCUUGUUCUGCAAUUCAAGAAGCAGAUGCCCAUAUCCACAAUGAAAACGAUAAUAAAGAAACUGCUAUUGCCUUCAAAAUAUCACCUAUAGAAACCCUAAUUGCGGAGAAACUCCGCGCUCUUAUCAAAGAUCACCACCGCAAAAACCCUAACCUUAAUCCUGCACUUGAAAACCCAAACUUCACCAUUUCUGACCUCUCCCUCGAUUUUGGUCGAAUCUCUACCCCUGAUCCCAUUUCCCCUGCCAUUGUCAGCCAUGUAAUUGAGAAAUGCGGUGGGGUUCGCCAUGGAAUCCCCUUCCUCCAAACCCUAGCAUUCUUCAAUUGGGCAAUAAACUGCAAAGAUUUCCUGCACUCACCCAAACCUUACAACGAGAUGAUAGAUCUUGCUGGAAAGGUGAGGCAGUUCGAUUUGGCAUGGCAUUUGAUCAACUCAAUGAAGGUCCAGAAUUUAGAAAUCCCAAUUGAGACUUUCUCAAUUCUUGUUCGGCGUUAUGUGAGGGCCGGAUUGGCGGCAGAAGCUGUCCACACAUUUAAUCGCAUGGAAGAGUAUGGUUGCAAGCCCGAUCGUGUUGCCUUCUCUAUUCUGAUUAGUAUUUUGUGCAAGAAAAGGAGGGCUAGCGAGGCUCAGUCAUUCUUUGACAGUUUGAAGGAUCGGUUUGAGCCAGAUGUGGUCGUGUAUACUAGCUUGGUUCAUGGAUGGUGCCGAGCUGGGAAUAUUUCAGAGGCUGAGCGGGUUUUUGGGGAAAUGAAGAUGUCUGGUAUUCAGCCCAAUGUGUAUACAUACAGUAUUGUCAUUGAUGCGUUGUGUAGAAGUGGGCAGAUCACACGUGCCCACGACGUGUUUGCUGAAAUGAUCGAUGUGGGUUGUGAUCCAAAUUCUAUUACUUUCAAUAAUCUGAUGCGUGUUCAUGUUAAGGCUGGUCGGACAGAAAAGGUUUUGCAAGUGUAUAAUCAGAUGAAGAGGCUUGGAUGUGCUGCUGACACAAUAACAUACAAUUUUCUCAUAGAGAGUCAUAUCAGGGAUGAGAAUCUUGAAGAAGCCAUGCAGGUUCUUAAUUUGAUGGUUAAGAAAGGGUGUAUGCCAAAUGCACAUACUUUUAACCCAAUAUUUAGGUGCAUUUCUAAGUCACGGGAUGUAAAUGCGGCUCACCGUAUGUAUGCUAAGAUGAAAGAUUUGAAAUGCAGGCCUAACACCGUUACCUACAACAUAUUGAUGCAGAUGUUUGCAGAAAAAAAAUCAACUGACAUGGUUCUGAAGCUGAAGAAGGAAAUGGAUGGUAAUGAAACUGAGCCAAAUGUUAAUACUUAUCAGGUUUUAAUCUCGAUGUUUUGUGGGAUGGGUCACUGGAACAAUGCUUACAAACUAUUCAGGGAGAUGAUUGAAGAGAAGUGCUUAAAGCCAAGCCUGCUUAUGUAUGAAAUGGUUCUGCAGCAGCUGAGGAAGUCAGGACAGAUGAAGAAGCAUGAGGAAUUGGUAGAGAAGAUGGUGGAUAGAGGAUUUGUUAUGCGUCCUCUGGAGAAGCUUACUUUUGCUGCUCAGCUGAAUUAGUUAUUUAUAUUUUCUGCAUAAAGUUAGUAAAUGUAAACCUGCAUGAAUCAGAAUUUUGACACUGUAUCUUGCCAAAAUCUUGUGCAUCUCUGCCCUUCCCAGACACUGGUUUUGGAAAGUUUCUCGUAAACUCUAUCUUGUUCCAAUUGAUUUUAACAGUUUCCAUCUUGGUUUUAUAUAUUUAUAUAGUUUGGAAGCA